AUGGAAAGUCAUAAAUAUAUUGAAACAUAUAUAAUAUACAUAUAUAUUAUUUCAAUAAAUCAUGGUGCGAUCAAAUGGUGCAUAAAAAAAUACGUGUCCAACAUAAACGAAGCCCACGAGUUAUGCGUGAAAGAGGAUGCAGCUAGCAAGGAGUUGGACAUGUACAACAAAUACAUCAGUGUCAUCAGAUACCUGGAAACUACGGAGUUCAACAAGAUAGGCAUCGCAAACACAAUUUUGGGUGUGACUCUAGUUCACCUGGAGAAGCUAAUGAAUGUUGGAGAACAGACAAUGUCGGCUGUCAUUACGUUUUACGCACUUGGUUACUUAUUCGGAUCGAUACUUUGUGCCCUCAUAUACGACCGUCUGAAACCUGAAUUUGUGUUCAUUGUUUCUAACAGUGUUGCUUGUGUGGCUACCAUUGGAGCUGGUCUCACUUCCACCUUCCUGUUUUUUGCCACUUGUAUAGUAAUUAAAGGAAUCGGGUUUGCAUUCACGGAUUCAGCUGGCCAGUCUUAUGGAGUAAAAAUAUGGAAGAGACACAAGUACAUGAAUUCUUUGAUUCAAGGCAUUCAUCUUCUUUGGUCUUUUGGAGGUAUCAUAGGGCCGUUCAUAAUCAAACCAUUCCUUUGUGAAAUCAACCAUUUUGUCGAAAAUUUUAAUAAAACAUUAGAUAGAAGUGAAAUUAUUCUUACGCAGGAUGAAAUUCUGGGAAACAUUUCUACAACGUGUCUGAAUGAUAUGGAACUCACAACAGUUCGUAACGUAUUCAUAGUUUUUGGCUCCAUUGGUCUUUCUGCAAAUAUACCCUUUCUAAUAAUUCUGCUCUUCAACAUUUUAAAGAAAAAAAAAUUAUCCUUUGUUCGACAAAAAAAGAAUGAAGAAGUGACAAAAUAUAUAGCGGAAGAACAACAAGUUUUAUGCGAGCCAGAUCCACAGGCAAACAGAAUUGAACAGACUCUGCACCUCAAACUUAUAUUGCUCACGUUUAUAUUUUUUUUUGGAAUUUUGUGCUAUUACGUCGAAGGCAUAACAAUUGCUUUUAUAACAGCAUUCGCUUUGAAACAUCUACAUUGGUCUGUACAUCAAUCAAGUUUCCUCAUUUCAAUUUACUUUGGAGCUCACUUUGCUAGUCGAUUAUUAGCUGUUUUAGUCUCAGUUUUUUUGACACCAAGAACAAUUUUAUCUUUUACAAUAACAAUGACGACGAUAGCUUUUUUGUUAAUGUUAGCUGUCAACCGGUUUCCGAAUAUUCUCUGGGCAGUUGUCUUGUUGGCGGGCUUCGGCACAGGAAAUAUUUUUCCAACAAAUAUAAUUUGGGUAACAGAAAAUUUGGUGUUGACUGGUAAACAUAAAAUAACUCAUUCAAAAGCAUCAUAUGUUCACAUGGCAAUGGAGCAGGAAAAAUGUGUCAGAUAA